GGCGCUGACUGCUGCUCUGCUCUCUAAAGAAGCUGAGGUCUGGCUUUGUCGCGAACUCAGGCACGGACUGUGUACGGCGAUGGGCUCUUGCACUAAAGUUCAGAGCUGCCUAGCGGCCGGGUUGCUGCAGAACCAAGUGGCGGUGGUCACCGGCGGGGCCACGGGCAUUGGAAAAGCCAUCUCCCGGGAGCUCCUGCACCUGGGCUGUAAGGUGGUCAUUGCUUCCCGGAAGCUGGACAGAUUAAACGCCGCUGCGGUUGAGCUGAGAGCCUCUCUGCCUUCCUCCAGCCGAGCUGAGGUCACUCCCAUACAGUGCAACAUCCGGAAGGAAGAAGAGGUGAAUAAUUUGGUCAAAUCUGUCUUAGCAAAGUAUGGCAAGAUCAACUUCUUAGUAAACAAUGGAGGAGGCCAGUUCCUGUGUCCUGUUGAAGAUAUCACUGCCAAGGGAUGGCAAGCUGUGAUUGAAACCAACCUGACAGGCACUUUCUACAUGUGUAAAGCAGUUUACAAUUCCUGGAUGAAAGAGCAUGGAGGAUCUAUUGUCAAUAUCAUUGUCCUUAUUAAAAAUGGGUUCCCAAUAGCCUCGCACAGCGGGGCUGCAAGAGAAGGUGUUUACAACCUCACCAAAUCCAUGGCUGUGGCCUGGGCCAGCAGUGGAGUAAGGAUCAACUGUGUUGCUCCUGGAACCAUUUAUUCCCAGACUGCUGUUGACAACUACGGUGAAUUGGGAAAAGCUGCGUGGGAAAUGGCCUUUGAGAAUAUCCCAGCUAAGCGCCUUGGAGUCCCUGAAGAGGUCUCCUCUGUGGUGUGUUUCCUGCUGUCUCCUGCGGCUUCCUUUAUCACUGGACAGCUGGUCAAUGUGGACGGGGGCCAGUCUCUAUAUUCUCACUCCUUCCAGAUACCAGAUCAUGACAACUGGCCUGUGGGAGUUGGGGACCUUUCUGUUGUCAGAAGGAUGAAGGAAUCUUAUAAGAAGAAAGCCAAGCUCUGAGCCAAGGGAACACCCACCCGUCUUGUUUCUGCGUGCCUUAGCAUCUUGAGAAUGUUUUGUACUUCACAAGAUCUUAUAAUUUCUGUGGGAAAAAUCACUUUAACAUAAGUAGUUUUAUCUAUGCAAAAAGUGCUCCCAAAAUAAAUGUCUCUUCAUGUUCAAACCA